AUGGAGCAGUACAUUCAGAGAUCAUUAGAGGUCGAAGACUACUCGGAACGUUCACGAUCCAAACCUGCUCUCGUGUGCUCCUGGGUUUCUCCCCAAUCGACUUCGUCCCCUCUUCCUGUUCACUCGAGGGAGCCGCCGCCGCCCCCUCCCAUUCCAAACUCCUCUCUUCCCCGCCUCCCCUCGCCCUGCCGGCCAUCCUCCCCGUCCUCCGCCGCCACCGACCAGCCGCAACCGCCGCGCUACCAUCCCCUCCCUGUUCCUCUCCCGUGGCAAGUCCUCCGAGAAGCAGCCCAAGGGCAGCCGCCUGCCGUUCGGUGGCCGGACGCCGAGAAGCGCCGCUGCUUUGGCUCCGCCGUCUCCUUCGCCCUGCCUGCCGGAUCCACGCCGUCGUCCUCGCGUGCACACGGCAGGUGCUUCGCCUCUUACUCUCGUUCGGCCAGAUCCAUGGUGCACGGCCUCUCGCGCUCGCUCGCGACCCUGAGCCGUGGCAAGGGUUUCAGGUUGGGCAUCGGCUUCGUCACCGGCGCGGCUCCAGUGGAUUCAGGCGGCUCCUCUCCGUCUCCUCUCUCGCCCCCACGCGCGGCUCCGCUUCCCGCUGGCCAUGAGAUUGUGGCGAGGUUGAGCGUAUGGAGCAGAGGGACCAGGGCCGGCCGAUGGCUUGUUUCCAAUAUACGUACUUGAUGGUUAGCCCAUGUAGCAAAUCGACUGAUUCUGAGAAAGGAAAAAAAUGGUAACAGAUCGACUAAUUCUUGGCUUGCUGCAUGCGUGUGAUCUUCUCUGGUUUCUCUUCCCCAAUUGGCAACGAACCAGCCAUGCCAAGGUCAACGGCGCCUUGUCCACACCGUCUAAUUGCGAUUUCCGGCUGUUGGGUGUGAUUAGUGCAGGAAGGUAAUGGGAUUUUCUCGAUUCCAUGAACCUCCUCGUGAACUCAAAUCCCAUCUGUUUGUAGUCUUGUUAGAUGUUUCGCUUCGUGAAGUUAAUCCUCAUUACGUAUCUCUUUCUUACACUUCAGUUUCUUGUAUUGAUUGGGCCGGAAUAGGAAAGGGAAACUAAAUUUUCUGCUCAUGACUUGUAAGCUGCAGCAAAAGCUUGCAAUUUCUAAUUUCCUAGCCAACCAGGAGCAUUUGUUUCAUGCCUUUCCUAAACUUUUUUUAUUUAACUAGCUGUGUUCUUAAUUUUUAUCAUCUUGUAUCAUAUAUUUGUGUGCUAAUUAUCAAGAUUGCUAUUAAUUUGGCAAUAUUGUAUUUGGAAAGUAUUCAUCUGACUAUGAGAAGAAAAAAACAUGCAUAUGAGUUGAUUGAGCCUGAGAGAGGAGUUGUUGACAUUUAUUCAGAGCACAUACAAGUAGUAUUUCUACUGCUUAG